GGAACACUUGGGAAUUUUCGGAAAGAAGUCCGGGGUUCGGUAAUUUCCGGAGGACGUUCGAUCUGGCAUCAAGAAUGGGCUCAGAUCGCAGCAGACAAGGUAGAAGAGGCAAGAAAGUUGUCAUUGCUCGAUCAAUUUCGAGUCGAAAUGGAGCCAAGACAAAGCCAGCCAACCGACUAUGGGCGCUUUGUUGUGCAUAUUGUCAAGCAUAUGACACAGCAGUCGAGCGCUAUUGAUCAAGCCAUGUUGCGUCGCGCAAUCGGACUCGCAUCGUCGUACCUUGUGACUGAUACGAGCACCAAUUCCGAGCGUGGCAUCCAGACAUGGUGUACUGGGUUCCAUCGUCUCGUUGACAUUAUGGUUGUGUUACAUUCAAGAGGGGAGCUGGAACUUGAGACGGUUAACGAGGCGUCGAAAGCGUGUUCUGAAUGUUGGAGUGUCGCCGGAACAUGGCGAGGAAUGGAAGAUUGUCGUCAGGGGGUGAAGGAAGUUGCUGCUAAGCUUAAAAAGUUGCUUGAUGAGCCUCACAGAAGAACGUAUAAAGGAUCCAAAGUGUAUACCCCAAGCAGUAGUUGACUUGUAUGGUACAGCAGGCCGUCCCAUAACAUUAAUAGGAGAAAUAGCCCCUGCAGCA